CUCUCCACCAUCAUCCCUACCUCUCCCUCUCCUCCCUUUCUCCCCGCCGAGUACAAUCAUCCUCCUACUCCCCACAGCACCCGUCGAGCUUGGGGUUACGUCGAUCCUAGUCAUUCCCUCGAAUCUCUGUCAGAGUCGAACCGGAAUCCUCUUGGCCUUUCCUCCCUCUGCUCACCGUGAGCGAUCAAUCCCCGCGGUACUCCUUGCGAAAAAGACAAUCGCAAUAUGAACUCUUCCAUUCCACCGUCUGCUGCCGAAUAUGGCGGAGAUGAGGUCUCCGCCAUCGUACUCGAUCCCGGAUACUCCACAACGCGCGCUGGCUUUGCGGGCGAAGAUACGCCCAAGUCCUUGAUCCCGACCUCCUACGGGAAAUACUCUCUCGACGGGCACGAGAAGCUGAUAUUCGGCGACGAUGUCUUCGUCACCCCUCGGCCUGGGUUGUCGGUUCACAACCCAAUGGGCAAAGAUGGUAUCGUGGAGGAUUGGGACAUGGCGGAGAAAUUGUGGGAGUACUCGUUCACCUCGCGAUUGACGGGCGCGAAGCCCGGAAACCCCUUGCAAAACGGACUCAAUGAUAUUUCCGAGGGGGAUAUGGCGGCGGAAAUGGAGGGCGUGGAGAGCUCUGAAGACCGACCUCUUGCGGAUAGUCCGUUUUUGAUGUCUGAGCCUGGCUGGAAUCCCGCAAAGGCUCGCGAAAAGACCAUCGAAAUCGCGAUGGAGAAGUGGGGGACGCCAGCUUUCUAUCUGGCGAGGAAUGGUGUUCUUGCAGCAUUCGCUGCUGGUAAGGCCUCGGCGCUCGUCGUUGACGUCGGCGCCUCCAAUAUCUCGGUUACCCCGGUGCACGAUGGCAUGAUCUUGAAGCGCGGCGUCCAACACUCCCCUCUGGGCGGGGACUACAUCUCAUCGCAAAUCCGCGCCCUUUUCAAGUCCAACUCCCCGCAACCUAUCACCAUCACUCCCCACUACCUGAUCUCCUCGAAAACCGCCGUCGACGCAGGCCAGCCCCCGCAGGCUAAAUACAAGACCUUCCCUCCCGAAAAGGCGCCCGAUGCGUCCUACCGCAACCUCCUCGAAGAGCGAACACUCUCCGAGUUCAAGGAAUGCGUCGUCCAGGUUUGGCCCGGCCCCAACAAGCUCUCCGCCCUCGGCCCCAACGGCGUCUCCAACGAAGAAGUCGCCCGAGGCACCCCCGGCCGGCCCUUCGAGUUCCCAGACGGCUACAACCAAGUCUUCGGCGCCGAUCGCUACCGCGUCGUGGAGUCCCUCUUCGACGCCAAAGCGGCGAUCCCAGACCCCGACUCCGCAUUCCCCGCCCCAACGCAGGCCCAGACCGUGCCGGAGCUCAUCAAGAACGCCCUCAACGGCGUCGACGUCGACAUCCGCCCCCACCUCCUCGCCAACGUCGUCGUCACGGGCGCCUCCAGCUUGCUCUACGGCUUCACAGACCGCUUAAACCAGGAACUCAUGCAGACCUACCCCGGCCCGCGGGUCAGAAUCUCGGCACCUGGAAACACCGCCGAGCGGAGGUUCGGCUCGUGGAUCGGAGGCAGCAUCCUUGCUAGUUUGGGCACUUUCCACCAGAUGUGGAUUUCCAAGAAGGAGUAUGAUGAGCAUGGGCCGAAUAUUGUUGAGAAGCGAUGCAAAUAGAUGAUUCUUUCCGGGGGUUAGAU